CUGAGGAACAUGCAUUAGAAAGAAACCACCAUUACAGAAACCAAGACACAUUUUUCUUCAUCAUGAAGCGGCUUCUGCUUCUUUGUCUCUUUGUGUAUGCUGUGCAGUGUGCUAGCACAGACUAUGAUGAGUCUGACCUGGAUGAUACCGUAGAUCCUACGGCCAAGACGCUUGACCCGAGGGGACACAGGCCUGUGUCGAGAGGCAAUGACCGCUACUCUACCUAUAAUCCCGCUCCUCCACCUGUCAGCGGAUCUAGUACGUACCGGGGCCGGCCCUCUACAACUACCACGGACGAGAGUACCCAGGAGCAGCAGAAGGAGGAGCAGCCGGACGCAGGGGGCUGCACCCACCUCUCGGAGAAAAUGGGUGUCAUGUGUCCAACUGGAUGUGAACUGAAAUCCGUCAUUUUGAAACAAGAGAAGUCCGUCAAAGCCGCGGUCACUAAGCUGAAGGAAGAUGUGAACGACCUGUCCAAAUCCUCAAACACCAUCUACCGUUAUGUGGAUGGCCUUUCGAAUGCUCUCAGAGAGAGGCAGCGCGUCAGUGAAGACAACACCAAUGUGGUCGGGCAGUACACCAAUGACCUGGAGGGACAGCACGCCUUCGUGAAGGACACCAUCGACACAACAUUCCCGUCCAACAUCAGGAUCCUCCAGAAGGUCCUGGAGAGCCUGCGGGAUAAAAUCCAGAAGGUGGAGACGGCCAUCAUGGCCCAGAGGACCAAGUGCGACAAGCCGUGCACCACCUCCUGCCCCAUCCCGGUGGUUUCUGGGAAAGAGUGCGAGGACAUCUUCCGGAAGGGAGGGGACAACUCGGAGAUGUACCUGAUCCAGCCUGACUCCUUCUUCAGUCCAUACAAAGUCUACUGUGACAUGACCACUCUGAAGGGAGGCUGGACUCUGGUCCAGAACAGGCAGGAUGGCAGUGUGGACUUUGGCAGAAGGUGGGACGAUUACCGGGCCGGUUUCGGCAACAUCGCAUCCGACUCCGGAAAGGGUUUCUGCAGCAAUCCAGGGGAGUACUGGCUCGGCAACGACAAAAUCAGCCAGCUGACCAAAAUGGGCCCGACUGAGGUUCUGAUCGAAAUGGAGGACUGGAAAGGAGACAAGGUCAAGGCCCAGUAUCAGCAGUUCACCGUCCAGGGCGAGAUGUCGGGCUACGUGCUGGCGGUGGGCAAGUACCAGGGCACGGCGGGCAACUCCUUCCUGGACGGGGCCACUGAGCUGACGGGCGAGAACCGCACCAUGACCAUCCACAACGGCAUGAUGUUCAGCACCUACGACAGAGACAACGACAAAUGGCUUCCGGGAGACCCGACCAAGCAGUGUUCCCGGGAGGACGGAGGAGGCUGGUGGUACAACCGCUGCCACUCGUCCAACCCCAACGGCAGGUACUACUGGGGUGGGCAGUACUCGAAAGACAUGGCCAAGCACGGCACAGACGACGGCAUCGUCUGGAUGAACUGGAAGGGGUCCUGGUAUUCCCUGAAGGCCAUCAGCAUGAAGAUCAGACCGUUCUUCGCCGCGCGGUAAUGCUCGUCCCUGAUGGCCGGAGACCUCCCUCAAGAUCACCCGACAGCCUGACAUCAUACCACAUUAUCCCAGGCCUCCAUCUAAGUGUUAAAUAAUGGCAACAGCACUCAGCAAUGCUGGUUACAUUUCAAAGACCUUAAAAUACCGUUGGCAGUGUUUUAACUUGGAAGACGUUUGAAUGUAAAAAUAAAAAAGAAGUUUAUAUGUGCUAGAGAAGGAGAAACAACUGUAGCUACAUGGAUAGCUAAAUAUGUACUGUACAACAUGCAGGUAACUAGUGUUGGUUCUUGUUAUUUGAAAAAUGAAAGAACUUGAUCAAAAAAAUUGAACCAGAAAAAAAACAAAAGAAUUAUACAGUCCAAAGCUUCAAAUCAUACCUGUUGGGGAUGAAUUUUCAUAGAGAUAUUACAUGAUCACGACUUUGCAAACUGGACGUAUAGGAAGACAAGACAGGCACUAAAACUGCUAUCUGGUCAUUUGAUUUGUUUGUGCAAAGACAAAGACAUGGGAUGGCCUGAGUUGAUGUGGUUUCUUGGUUUCUGUCCAUCAAUAAAAUGUGAUGAUGAGCAUC